AUGACAGACACCGUUCAGCAGCAAGAUCAGCCUAAAUGUCCUCUUGACGACGAGGCUAAACAAGUAUGGCUAAAACAACAUGCCUCGAGCAACCCUCACCCAAUGCCCGACCAUGAACAACCUCAACAACCAUUAGAGUGCUCGUCUGAGACUCUCAAACAACCCACCCCGGCUUCCAAUAGGGAGAUAUCCACCAUACCUAGAACAGGAACAGAACAAAACUGGAUAUACCCCUCAGAAUCACAAUUCUACCAGGCAAUGAAAAGGAAGAAUUGGAACCCAGAUCUCAAGGACAUGCAAACAGUUGUCCCCUUGCAUAACUCUAUUAACGAGAGAGUUUGGCAUUAUAUUAAGAAUUGGGAGAAAGAUGCCGGCGGAGACGCAUGUGGAGGCAUAAAAUUGUCCACUUUUAAAGGAGAUUCUCAUAAAUGGACCCCGAGAGCUUGGAUUAGAUAUAAUAUCUUCCAAAUGAGUAAACCCUUCGAUAGACACGAUUGGCAAAUAGAUAGAUGUGGCAAGACUAUCGAUUAUGUCAUUGAUUUCUACUGUGAUAUGAAAAAAGUGGAACACGAUGGGAAGAUAGAAGAGAUGCCCAACGUUUAUCUUGAUGUAAGACCCAAAUUGAAUUCCUGGGAGGGCAUCAAAUUAAGAUUAUGGAAGACAUUCAAAUUUUAA